GACAUUUUCAACAUCUUUUAUUUUUUGUUUCGCGAAAACUGGCCUAACCAUUUUUAGCUAAAAACCAUGAAAAAUCUAUACCAGUCUGCUUUAAUACCGAAUAAUCCCAUCCUUUAGGAUUAUAGAAGCUUGAAAGAAGUUCAUAUAUACUACAAUGCUCUCCAGAAUAACCAAUAUAGGUAUCAGAAGACCAUUAUACAGAAGUAACGCUACAACAAGAAUCUUCAACAAUGGGUCAAAAAGAUUCAAUACAACAAAGGCAAAUCAAUCAUCAUCUUCAUCUUCAUCUUCACAACAAUCAGGUUCAAGUGGAACCAAUGGCAAAAAGAAAACCGGAAUCAAAGCUUUAAUUCAAGAAUAUGGAUACUCUGCAUUAGCUGUCUAUUUGGGACUAUCAUGUAUUGACUUUCCUUUAUGUUUUAUUGGUGUUCAUUCCGUUGGUGAAGACAAGAUUCAUGAAUAUCAAGAUAAAUUCAAGAAAAUGAUAGGUAUAACACCAAAAGAACGUCCACCUAAAGUAGAGGGUGAAGAGAACAAGGAAGAUGAACCAUCUUCAAUCUGGUCAUCAACGUUAUUCACAGAAGCUAUUUUGGCUUAUGGUAUACAUAAAUCUUUAAUCUUCAUUAGAUUACCAAUAACAGCAGCAAUAACACCUGCAAUUGUUGGUAAAUUGAGGAAAAUGGGGUUUAAUAUCGGUUCACAGAAACUAUCAACUUUAGCACAACAAGCUAAGGUUAAAACUAGUCAAAAAAUUGUUGAUUCCAGAAAUGCAGUUGCAAGUAAUAAAAAAUUCGGAACACCAGUUACAAAAAGACAAAAAUGGUGGAGUUGGUUUUUUUAA